GUUCUGAGAAACUCUGGAUAUGGAGCUGUCAAUCCGCGCAUCUGAUGCGACUGCAGUGUGCGCGGCGCUCGCGGCUCGUCUCGAAGACUAUCUGGAGCGACCUCAGUCUGAAGCGACUGCUCAGGCACUCUGCGCUGCGUGCGCAUUGCUGCUCGCACCCGAGGCUGCCACCCUGCUGGGGGAAGCAUCGCUCGAAUUGGCAGCCGCGAUUGGCCCAGCACUGCAGUUCAUCAGCCGUGACGAGUUUCAGUCCAGCACGGGUGGAUUGGUCGCUCAGUCCACAUGCCAGAUCCUCGAACAACUGUUCAUCGCAGUUCUUGAACAGAGCGGGUUGCUUGAAAGCCACCUCAUUCUGCUCGAGCAAAUCGAGCUGUUGCGCUCGCAGCACAUUGAACGCUGCCAGACCACGCCCCACCAGUUACCACGGGUUGCGAUACUCUUCAUCCAACAAUUGGGAGCGUGCUUGUUGAAAAUGGCGCCAAAGCGUCGGUCCAAAUUUCUUGGAUCGUCCGUUAACGCACUCGUGCGGUUGUUGCCUUUCGGCGUCAUUCCAUCAGCUACGCAGCAAAAACAGUCAGCUGGAUCCAACCCGACGAAGCUCAUUGACACCACUGGCACAUCUGAGCUGGACUUGACAAUCUUUUCGGCGAUGGUUGACAUGAUCGUGCCGUUGAUUCCGAAAUCCUUAUCGCCGGAUGAAAAAGCCCAACCUGCCGACCUCGAGGGCGACGUUCAUUGGACGCGCAGCACCGACCGACCUCUUGUCUUGCUAUUGUUGCAUGCUACCGCCAAGCUUGCCACCGUGCGCUGGUGGGCAGCCGAAGGUGCUGACAUUCCGACUCCUGCUCCCGCCAGGCCUGCUUCCGCUGCCGUUCGAAGCGAGUCAGUCAGAUCUAUUCUGGUCAUUGAUCGAGCCAACCCUGCUGACAUCUACGAUGAGCCGGCACUCGCAUUAGCCCGAAGAAUUGCGGCUACACUCGCCGAUGCGCCUUUCAGAAUUGGCACUGGAGAACUUGCGACCGCCAUUUCAUCCCAGACCGCUGCGCUCGCCUCUUCUUCCACGCCAAGAUCUGCUGCUGUGCAGAAAGAUGAAACUUCAGACGACAUGCCCGAAGGAGAGCCCAUCCAAGAGAGCGAGCUCAUUCCUGCCACCAGCAUAGUUCUCGACCUUUUGCUGUUGGACCACGCAUCUCGAAGGCAAAAGACAAGCUACGAGCUUAUUGGUCCGCUUGCAAAAGCCGUGCGAGUGCUUCUGCGCCACGCCGAGAUGCGAUUUUUAUUGACAAAGGGCUUGAUGCUUUUGAACGGGCUGACCAAUUGGCUGGAACAGAACAAACUGCCUCCCCUUUCGACCAGCGAGGCCGAAACCGCCCAAAUACAACCCCUGCUGCAGACUUUGGUCGACCUUCUCGCUUGCUGCCCACACGAAGGUGUUCGACGGCUGAUACCUGGUAUUCUGGUGCGCUUUUUGAAUCUGGCUGCUGACGAAUCGUAUCGGUGUCGGUUUGCAACCACCACCCUCGUUGAAACAUGCCCAUAUCCCUUUGUGACAGCACUGGUCCUCGAUGCACUCCGCGAUAGUCGUCAUGUACCAGCGCUCAAACUUGGCGCACAGUCGUGGAUGGUCGUGCUGCAGGCAGCCAUGCACAAGUUUGCUCCUCCAACAGCAUUUACGCCAGAUCAGGUCAACGCACUCAUGGACCCAUCGUCUUCUCCCGUGGACGUCUACCAGAGCUUGAUGAACGAAAUCCUGUUCAUGCUUGCGAGCACUCGGAUUGGCGAUGGCGUCCGGGCCAACACGGCUUUUAUUGAUCGCAUCCGCACGUAUGUUGCCGGCUUGGGCUCCAGUGUCGAUGGUCUCAUCACACUGCUCCAUCGUGUCCCUGCCGACGCUCCCGGUGCGCGAUUAGCCGGGGAGCAGCAAUUGCGUCUGCUUCUCCUGAACAGUGCGAUCGACCGCCUCAAAAGCGCCGUUCCCGGCAUGACUUUUGCCGUGUAGUUCAAGCUAGGGGGGGGGUGAUCAGGAUGACUUGAAGCGAUUUGUACAUUUUGUGUGACUCUUUGGCAAUCCAGCCAUGUACUCGAAUACUCUUACUCGCACCCAUGCAAUUUCUGA